AUGACCAGCAACAACGAUUAUAAUCUUUUGUCAAAAGAUGUGAUGACAGAGAUCCUUUCGAGGUUGCCUUUGAAAUCACUAUUCCGGUUCAGGUGUGUUUGCAAUGAUUGGUAUACUCUCAUAAAAGCCUCUUACUUUAUCGCCAAAAAUCAACAGAAAAACAACAUUCGUCUACUUGUUCACCAUUACGAUUACAAAAUUUUAAGAUAUUGUGUGGGCAUAUUCCCUGAUGAAACUCUUGGUAAAACGUCCCCUGUGUAUUUCAAUCUUGAUGAACUCGGGAUACAAAAUUAUCCUGAUUGUCUUAUUGGUCCCAUUAAUGGUAUAUAUUGUGUAUAUGGUAGAUAUGAAGAUCACAUGUGUCUGUGGAAUCCUGCUACAAACGAAUUCAGGCACAUCCCUCUACCUCGUCCAGACCUUCCAUCCUAUAUCGCCGACUUCAAUAAUAUUUUUGGAUUUGGGUUGGAUGUCAUGACUAACCAUUACAAGGUGAUUUGGAUUCGACAAUUUUGGGAUGAUGACAUAGACUGCCCAUAUGAUCCUGAAACUAUUUCAGUGUAUAACUUAUGUACGAAUUCAUGGCGGCUCUUUGACUAUUAUUUUGAUACAAUGCGUUCUAUAAGAAAUUCUUCAGGUAAUGACACCUACAUAAAUGGAGUUUAUUAUUGGCUAACAGACUCCAGUUACAAUGAUUUUAGGAUCCUUGCAUUUGACCUGAAUAAUGAGAAUUUUCGGGAAUUACCAGCUCCUUCAGAUAUUCCAAAAACGCAAUUUGGAGAACUUGCCUCGUACAGUGACUCGAUUGCUAUCAUCAUUUAUCAUCCAACCGAAAUUGAGAAUUAUAUUGACAUAUGGGUGAUGAAGGGGGAGGGAUUUUGGACCAAAAUAAUCACCACGGGACUCAUUCUAGAUAUCUUAGCACCGCUUGGUUUUUGGAAUGAUGACCAUCUUUUUAUAAGAACUAGGAGUGCACACUUGAUUUUGUACAACAUUAACACCCUAGAAAGUAGGGACCUUGGCAAUUAUGGAGGAGACAGUGCCCUUCUAGUUCAUAAGUUCAGGGAGAGCCUAUUUUCACUGAAAGAAGGGGAUAAUUCUUUCAGUAUGGGUCAACCUUAA